AUGAUGAGAAUCCUCAUGUUAUUAAUUUUGGCAUUUUCGUUCUUGCAACAUUCUGUGUUGGCAGUCUUGAAAAAUUGUAAUUAUGAUCCAUUAUCUGAUCAUUGUAAUGAUAUUUAUACAUGGAAAUCCAAUGAUACCUGUAAGGAAGUUGCUUCUAGAUUCAAUAUAUCAGUUGAUGAUAUUGACAGUUACAACAGUUAUAUUGAUUACUCAUUUUACUGUACUGAUCUUACUGAAGGUGAUCAAAUUUGUUUAGACUGGCCAGAUUAUCUGUCUUGUGGAGAUUAUGACCAAUGUUACUUUGACAAUCCAGAGUAUUUCUGUGAAACUUAUGAAGUUGAUGAUGAGAAUAUGACAUGUCGAGACAUUUGUAACUUGUUUGAUCUUUCCUUAGCUGAACUUAAAGAGUUCAAUAAAUAUUCUUCACAAUUUUCAGGAUGUAAUCCUGAUUACAUAUAUGAAGGUGAUAUCUUCUGUGUUACGAAACCAAAUUUUACAGAUUGGGAAAACUGUUAUGCAUUAGCAAAACAAGAUCAUGACACAUAUUAUGCUUCUAUGUAUUUUACAGAAGUCCAAACAAUCACUGCAUUAGAUCCUUAUUACGGAAAGACUGAGACAUAUGAAUUUUACUAUGAUCCAUCUCAAUCUGAAUAUACCACAAGAACUUAUAAUAUUACUUCUGCUAUUGUGACUUCCUUAUCAAGUGCAUACAAAACAUUCUUAAGUGAAUAUUCAGAAUUAGGAGAAGAUAGAAACUCAUUGGCAGCUAUUCAGACUUCAUUGUUUGGUACUAAUCAUGGCAAUUUUUCUGGAUUAUUCUCAACAAAUGGGCAAACAUCAAAAUAUGGUACUGUUGAACCUACCCACUCAGGUACUGAUUCUGGCUCUGCAUCUAAUUCUAAUUCUAACUCUAACUCUAACUCUACAGCAGAAUCAUCUGUUUUGAAAGGUGACGCUGAUACAUUAAAAAUGUUUGGUGUUACUUUUGUUAUCGCCUGGUUAUCUUGUCUUUUAUAG